AUGCUCUUCACUGCAGAGAAACACUCACUGUAUUACAUUUACACGGCUUUGUCCAAACCUGUCGAUCUGCCAGGCAUCUAUCAAUUCACUGCUAUGGGUCUGCUGGAUGACAUACAGAUUGACUAUUACAAUAGUGAGGAACAGAGGAAGAUUCCCAAACAGACCUGGAUGAAAGAGAAAAUGCAGGAGGAUUACUGGGAAAAAGGCACCCAGUCCAGAAAGAGCAAAGAACAGUGGUUUAAUGUGAAUAUCGACAUUCUGAUGAAACGCAUGGGAAUCAGUGAAUCAGAUGUUCAUGUUCUUCAGUGGCGACAUGGUUGUGAAGUUGAGCAGCAGGGAGAUGAAGUUAAAUUUUCCAAAGGCAUUAGUGAGUACGGCUUUGAUGGACAAAACUUUCUGUCUUUUGAUGAUAAACAGUCUCAGUGGGUCGCUCUAGUUGACGCAGCUCUACCAACCAAGAGAAAAUGGGACAAUGUGCCAAUCCUAAACCAGUACACCAAAGGCUACCUGGAGAAAGAGUGUGUGGACUGGCUCAACAAAUUCAGAGAAUAUUUAGACAAGGAGCUCAGUAAUGGCACUCCUCCAGAUGUUCAUGUGUUUGCAAAAAGGUCUACCAGUGACAAAACCAAGCUAAAACUCACCUGUCUGGCCACUGGAUUCUACCACAGAGACCUGAUGCUGAUCAUUAGGGAAUAUCGCACAUCUCUACCUGAAGAUGAGGUUGAAUCCACAGGAAUCAGACCAAACCAUGAUGGAACUUUUCAGAUGAGGAAGAGUGUGAAGAUCAACAGGGCUGAAAUAGCAGAAUAUGAUUGUUUUGUGACCCACAAGAGCAUCAAAGAACCAGUAAUCACCAAAUGGGGACAUCAGAAGAAAACUUCUGAAUCAUUGCCUGACUGUGUUGCUCUUGAAGAACCUGUGCAUGAGAAGGAAUCUACUGUUUUGGAGAACCAAGAAAACUCAGGAGUGUCCUGUCUGCAGGAGAAGAUCCUCAAAAACUGA